CCAAAACCUGUAGUGACGUUUGUUUGUGAAAGACAAAAACAGUGGGCACACACGUAAGGUAUGUUGUAUUUUUGGAAGAGCUGGCCCAACUUAGACUGUCAAGUCGAUUGUGCCAUAAGGUGAACUUAAGCGUGCGGAUUGAAAGACUGCGAGUCACCGUUGUGUUUUCGCUGAAGUGGGAAGCAAAAGGAUUUCGACACCAGCGGAUGACGGAGCGAGUCGGGAACAAAACAAACCGUGCACUCUGCAUGACCACGCUCGACUGGCUGAAUCAUCCCGACACUAGCCGACCACUUCUCACUCGCCGCGGGGACGUUUAUUUGUCGCGUAUGGUUGGUGCAUCACGCUGAUUAAUAACACAUCAAUUACUCCAGUGGGAGAUUCUUUAGCCUUACGUCACAAGCUAUCAAGCUGCCAGGAGAGCUUCUUCUGUGAGUUGAACGACUGGGUAGAGAAUGUGAAGCACAACCAUGGCCAACUUGGAAGCCUACCGGGAAUAUCAGAGGAUUGAGGACCUGGAGGAGGACUCUCCACCCGGGGAGGAGGACUUGCUGCUCCAUGUGCCCGAAGGCCUAAAAGAUUCAUGGCACCAUGUCAAGAACUUGGAUAACUUCUUCACGAGAAUCUAUCAUUUCCAUCAAAAGAAUGGCUUUGCUUGUAUGAUGCUGUCAGAGUUCUUUGAACUUGUGCAGUUUCUGUUCGUCGUCACGUUCACGACGUUCUUGGUCAACUGCGUGGAGUAUGACGUCCUGUUCGCCAACCGCGCUGUCAAUCACACGGGGCCGGGUCACAACCCAUUGGACAGGAACAAGGUCACCAUCCCUGAUGCCCUUUUGCCCAGCCAGCAGUGCACUGAGAGGAUCCAAGCCAACAGCUGGAUUAUAUUCCUUCUCAUCAUGGCGGCCGUCUUCUGGCUCUAUCGACUCAUCAAGGUCAUUUGCAACGUCCUGAGCUACUGGGAAAUCCGGCAGUUCUACAUUAAAGCGCUGAAGAUCAGAAUGGAUGAACUAUGCAACUUCACGUGGCAGGAAGUCCAAGACCGCCUCAUCAGCCUGCAGCGAGAGCAGCAAAUGUGCGUCCACAAGAAAGAGCUGACGGAACUGGACAUCUAUCACCGCAUCCUGCGCUUCAAGAACUACAUGGUGGCCAUGAUCAACAAAUCCCUACUCCCCGUGCGACUGCAGCUCCCCCUAGUGGGCGAUGUGGUCUUCCUCACGCAGGGCCUGAAGUACAACUUUGAGCUCAUUCUUUUCUGGGGCCCCGGCUCGCUGUUCCAGAACAAGUGGAACCUGCACCCCAAAUACAAACGCAGCGGUAAUCGGCUGGAGCUGGCGCAGCAGCUCAGCAGGGUCAUCCUGCUCAUGGGCCUGGCCAAUCUGCUGCUUUGUCCCUUCAUACUGGUGUGGCAGGUGCUCUACGCCUUUUUCAGCUACACAGAAAUCAUCCGGCGGGAACCCGGGAGUCUGGGAGCUCGGCGCUGGUCCCUCUACGGCCGACUCUACCUGCGCCACUUCAACGAGCUGAACCACGAGCUGCACGGACGCUUGGGCCGAGGCUACAAGCCCACGUCCAAAUACAUGAACUCCUUCACGUCGCCGCUGCUCACCGUGCUGGCAAAAAAUGUCGCUUUCUUCUCGGGCUCGGUGUUGGCCGUUCUCAUCGCGCUGACCGUCUACGACGAAGACGUCCUGACGGUGCAACACAUUCUGACCGGCAUCACGGUGCUAGGGGUGGUUAUCACCAUCACCAGGUCCUUCAUCCCAGACGAGCAUAUGGUUUGGUGCCCAGAGCAGCUGCUGCAGUGCAUGCUGGCCCACAUCCACUACAUGCCGGACCACUGGAGGGCCAACGCCAACAAGAGCGAGACCCGUGACGAGGUGGCACAGCUCUUCCAGUACAAAGCGGUGUUCAUCCUGGAGGAGCUGCUCAGUCCCAUCAUUACACCCUUCAUUCUCAUCUUCCUGCUGAGGAACAAGUCUCUGGAGAUCGUCGACUUCUUCAGGAACUUCACGGUGGAGGUGAUUGGCGUGGGGGACAUCUGCUCCUUUGCACAGAUGGACAUCAGACGUCACGGGAAUCCCACGUGGCUGUCCGAGGGCCAGACGGAAGCGUCCGUGUACCAGCAGGCGGAGAACGGCAAGACGGAGUUGUCACUCAUGCACUUCACUAUUAAGAAUCCACACUGGCAGCCACCGCUGGACAGCUCGGUGUUCAUCAGCCACCUGAAGGAGAAGGUCCAACACGACGCGCAAGGCGGUCCUUCCACGCAGCUCCUGCUCUCCGAGGCUCCUCUUUGCACAUCGCUGCAGUCCAACGAGUCCGCUACCGCCCCUGAGAAUCUGCUGGCCAGCGUCUUGGCGCACCCCGUUCUCGCCGCGUCGGGACUACAAGGCAGAGAUCACCGCUUUAUCCCAGCCAGCACGGCAGCGUCAGCCGCCGCUAGCGUCUUGGCCUCCUUGUCCACCUCUCAGCUGCCACACACCGGCCGGGGCCGCGGGCAACGCCACCAAGCGUCCUCCGUACAUCAAGACAGCACCAUCUACCACAGUGAUCGCACCGUUAUUGACAGCAUGUCAUUCAGCGACAGCCGUUUGCGGAGUAACACGCUGCACUCGGAGUUUGCCUCAGCAGAGAUGAGCCUCCACGCUAUCUACAUGCACGAGCUCCACCAGCAGACGUCGCACCCGCAGAGAAGUUCAGGGCAGUGGCCUAGCUCAGUGCCAAUGACUGAGCUACACGGCAGGACUGGUUUCCUGGCCCAUGCUGGUCCCACGCCAUCUUUGGUAACACCCGUGCACCUCGGCGGGUGGCAAGAAGAAGAAGAGGAGGAGGAAGACGAAGAGGAACUAAAUAGCGCAUCCGCUAGGAAACAGGACACCGGGACUUGUUGAAGUGCCUUACGACAUAAGCGUUUACAUUUUACUUUUCACCAAUGAACAUUGUGGCCUUAGAAGAUCCUCAGCACGGACCUUUAAAUCCAUCCUUUUGACGCGAGGACAUCUCACGAAGAAACCACUAUCGUCGUCUUCUGUGCGGACAUCAGGGAAGCGUACAUGUUUUUAUCUUGUUCAAAUGAACCCGCGUGUGUGCGUCGGCAAAAUGGUGUAUUCACUAAGACCACUGAUGGAAAAACACCAAAGGCGCUAUCUGCAUUUGAGUAUUUGUAGUGCACAUCACAAGCCUCUAGUAUUGUUUUUAAUUUUUAUUUUUUGCUGCAUUCUUCCCGCAUGGAAGUAUCGUAGUUAUUAGAUCCUCGCGACGUGUCGUUACUUGAAGAGUCCACAUUGUUAAAUACAUGCAUAUAAAUAAGCUAGCACACGCACUGCUAGAGGAGGAUGUGGCUCAAGGACUUGAUUUGUGAUUUUACAUGGAGCGUUUUGAUGCUGCUGUCUGUGUUGGGUGGGUGGGUUCUCACACUCGCAGAUUUGGUUCAGUAUUAUCAACUCUUUUGUAAGAUGUUUGUGUCGUAACAUUAAGACGGGCAAAAUGUCCCACUAAAGUUAGGCCCAGUUGUGGUCACUUCUUGGUUUCAUUCCCCAAAUGUUGGCCAUUAAGUCAGCACCGAUCACAGACUCGAGUUCACACAGCAAGUACGGGAUUAGAACCCUCAACCUCAGAACAGUGAGGCAUGUGUGCUUAACCACUAAGGUAUCAUGCUGCCAUCCCAAAUUUAUUUGGAGGGAAAUCUUUAAAAUUAAAAAAAAAAA